UCAUAUUAUACUACAUUUUUCUCCUAUGGAAAACCCAGCAUAAACCCUUGUCCUCUGCUCAUCUGCAAAAUUUUCAUUCAUGAAGUAGAUGCACCAAACUAGGUUGUCGGUUUAAGAUUGUUUCGUGGACAAAGAUUUCAUCUUUGCCCACCAUGAGCUCCAAAGGUCCCCACACUGAUUCAAUUGAUGCAUUGAGCUUCAAAAUGUCUGCUCAAAAGGAUCCUGACAAGUUCUUCAUGUCCAUCACUGAAGGAGACAAAAAGCCAUUUGACUUUUUACGUGCUCUAUAUGAUGGUUGCAUUGCUGGAGGUAUUGCCGGUGUUGCUGUAGAAGCAGCUUUAUAUCCUAUUGAUACCAUCAAAACUCGACUACAGGUUGCUCGUGGUGGAGGUGAAAUUAUUUUGAAGGGUCUGUAUUCUGGAUUAGCUGGAAAUCUUGUGGGCGUCUUACCAGCGUCUGCAAUUUUUAUUGGCGUGUAUGAACCCGCAAAGCAGAAAUUGCUGAAGUCCUUGCCUGAGAAUCUAAGCGCUGUUGCUCAUAUUGCUGCAGGUGUUAUUGGAGGCACCGCUUCUUCUCUUAUCCGUGUUCCCACUGAGGUUGUUAAGCAAAGGAUGCAAACUGGGCAAUUUAAAUCAGCCCCAGCUGCUGUUCGUCUUAUUAUUGCUAAUGAGGGUUUUAGAGGUCUUUUUGCGGGAUAUGGAUCUUUCUUAUUGCGAGAUUUACCAUUUGAUGCUAUAGAAUUAUGCAUCUACGAGCAGCUCCGUAUCGGGUAUAAAGCAGCGGCAAAAAGAGAUCUGAAGGAUCCAGAGAAUGCUAUGCUUGGGGCAGUGGCUGGUGCUAUAACUGGAGCAGUUACAACUCCUCUUGAUGUAGUAAAAACCAGAUUGAUGGUUCAGGGAUCACAGAACCAUUAUAAAGGCAUUUCUGAUUGUGUGAGGACUAUAAUUAAAGAAGAAGGAGCUCAUGCUCUUUUCAAGGGUAUUGGGCCAAGAGUUUUGUGGAUAGGAGUUGGAGGUUCCAUAUUUUUUGGUGUUCUUGAGAAGACAAAGCAAAUUCUUGCUCAGAAGCACCACCAAGCUGAUGCUCAGAAAUGACUUCCUUCUAGGCAGGAUUAAGCUGAUGUUGUAUUUCAUAUUUAGUUUUAGUUUCAUGUUUUCCUAUCAUGAUUACAUUGAGCCUUUUUUUUUUGUUGCCAACACUGAUUGGUUUAAAGCCAAUGGGGCAGCCAAAUGGCACUUACAUCAAAUAAAAGAGAAAUUUAACUACGAGCAA